CAGCUGACGAUGGGUGAAUGGCUUGUCUCCGGGCCGGAAAUGGCACCGGGUCGUCGUCAGCCGAGCGGGCGAGGUCCUGCGAGAGACACGACAACCGGGACGGUAUAUAGUGGGCAGGAGCGGCGCGAGGCCCGCUGCAGCUGCGUCGACAUACUUGAUCUCACUACGAUGGCCACUGGAACGAACCCAACCUCGGUCCUGGGCACCAACCCCGCCCCGUCCCUCUUCUCCCUGUCCGACCGCACAAUCCUAGUCACCGGCGGCGCGCGCGGCCUCGGACUAACCAUAGCCCAUGCGCUGCUCGAGGCCGGCGCCGACGUCGUCGCGUUCGACCUGCUCCAGCCCGUCGAGCCAGACUGGGCCAACGCGCAGGCGGCGGCCGCGAAGGCAGGCACAUCGCUCGCCUAUGUGCCGCUCGACGUGACCGACGCGGAUGCGGUCGAAGUAGCCGUAGCCGACGCCUUCCGCUCCGCGCGCACGCCAGUCCGCGGGCUGUUCCACGCCGCGGGGAUCCAGCUGCUCCGCGACGCACUCGAGAUCCGGCCCGACCAGUGGCGCAAGAUCAUCGACGUGAACCUCACCGGCGCGUUUCUGGUCUCCGCGGCAUUCGGGCGCAGCUGGGUCGCGCAGGGGAACGGCGAGGCGAACAUCCCUGGCCAAGGCGCGGCGAUCGCGCUCGUGGCCAGCAUGAGCGGGCGCGUGGCGAAUCGCGGGCUCGAGUGCGCGGCGUACAACGCGAGCAAGGCUGGCGUUGCGCAGCUCGCGCGCAACUUGGGGAUGGAGUGGGGCGGCAAGGGGAUUAGGGUUAACUCCCUCUCGCCAGGCUACAUCCGUACCGCCCUCACGGAAGCACUGAUUGUCGAGCGGCCUAGCGUGCUGCAGGAGUGGACGGCGGGGAGCUUGCUCGGGCGGCUGAGCACCGCUGAUGAGUUUAGGGGCCCCGCCAUCUUCCUCCUCUCCGACGCGUCGAGCUUCAUGACGGGCUCGGACCUGGUCGUCGACGGCGGCCAUACGGCGGUGUAGCGGGGGGGAGGGGGGGGGGGCAGAUACAGCCGUACUACGGCUCGGGCAAGUGGGUGAAGGUAGUGCAGAUGAAC